AAAAGUACUGAUGAGUCCUGGGGAGAUGAGGCUAUUUUUGUUUGAAGCUGACACUUCUAGCUGAGCCACAAGUGCUGCUUGGAAAGGGCUUAGGUUGUUUCCAGGGGGAGAACUCUGCAGAGAAGAGGCAAAGUUCAGCAGGACAGCAAAGAAGCAGCAGAAACAGCCAGGAAAACGAAGAGCCCUCACGUUUUAACACAGAAUUCCCUACCAGAGUUCUCGAAUCCUAAAGUAAUCUGCAAAGUGUCACUUGACCGGAACUUUUCACCUGACGUUUCACCUGACUUUCUCCGACCACCAUGACUGAGAUCACUGCUGAAGGAAAUGCAUCCGCAACCACAACUGUGAUAGACAGCAAAAAUGGAUCUGUGCCCAAAUCCCCUGGAAAAGUGCUGAAGAGGACAGUCACAGAAGACAUCGUGACAACGUUCAGCUCCCCAGCAGCCUGGCUUCUGGUCAUUGCUCUGAUAAUCACAUGGUCAGCUGUUGCCGUUGUUAUGUUUGAUUUAGUGGAUUACAAAAACUUUUCAGCAAGUUCUAUUGCUAAGAUGGGCUCAGAUCCUCUAAAACUCGUACAUGAUGCUGUGGAGGAAACUACAGACUGGAUCUAUGGCUUCUUUUCUUUGUUGUCUGACAUCAUCUCAUCUGAAGGUGAUGAAGAAGAUGAUGGGGAUGAAGAUACUGAUAAAGGAGAAAUAGAGGAGCCUCCCUUGGAAAAAAAAGAAAUCCACAAAGAAAAGACUGAAAAGCAGCAGAAACCUGAAAGGAAAAUACAAACCAAAGUUACAUACAGAGAAAGAGAUAAAGAGAAAGACAAAGAGAAAGGAAAAGAAAAAGAAAAACCUGAAAAGAGAGCAACUCACAAGGAAAAAAUUGAGAAAAAAGAAAAACCAGAAACAAAGACAGUGACAAAAGAAGAGAAGAAAGCUAAGACUAAAGAGAAGGCUGAAGAAAAGACUAAAAUGGAAGUGAAAGGUGGGAAACAGGAGAAAGUGAAGCAAACAGCUGCAAAAGUGAAAGAAGCACAGAAAACACCACCGAAACCCAAAGGAAAGGAUGACAGAGGGCCUACAGCAGUGCCAAAGCAUGAACAGAAAGAUCAGUAUGCAUUCUGUCGAUAUAUGAUUGACAUGUUUGUCCAUGGGGAUUUAAAACCAGGACAAAGCCCAGCCAUACCUCCUCCGUUACCAACAGAACAGGCUCCCAGGCCCACUCCAGCAUCUUCUACUAUUGAAGAAAAAGAAGAUGAAAAGAAAGCUGAGGAGAAAGUUACUUCUGAAACAAAAAAGAAAG